AUGGUGAAGGAAAAAGCUAAAAUAUUCCACUCAAAAUUAGAAACAAAUUCAGAGUGUGAAUAUUCUAACGGUUGGUUGCAGAAUUUUAAAAAGCGACAUGGAAUACAUAAACUUCGUGCUGAAGGAGAAAAAUCUUCAGCAGAUUAUAUUGCUGCCACAAUGUUCGUGGAAAAAUUAAAUGAAUACAUAUUAACGGAAAAACUUACCAAUGAACAAAUUUACAACGGAGAUGAGACAGGCCUUUUUUGGAAGUGUUUACCUGAAAGCAGUUUGGCUUGCCAUAAUGAAAAUUUCAUAGAUGGUCAUAAGGUUUCAAAAGAGAGAGUAACCACAUUACUUUGUGCUAAUGCUGCCGGUACACACAAGUGCUCGUCCAAGAGCAUUAAAAAAUGUCAAAGAUCUUCCCGUUAUUUAUAA